AUGACAGAGUUCAAGCUCUACCAUUAUGAUCCCUCAUUUAUUGCCGCAGUCAUCUUCAUAGCUCUCUUUUCCGCCUCCGCACUCGGCCACCUUUAUCAGCUCGCUCGCUCCAAGACCUUCUUCUUCAUCCCGUUCUUUAUUGGAUGUGUCUUCGAAGCAAUCGGUUAUGCCGGACGUGCGAUAUCCGCGAAGCAAACCCCCGACUGGGCUGUCAUGCCCUACGCGAUGCAGAGUCUUUUGCUACUACUCGGUCCGACAAUGCUCGCAGCAUCCAUCUACAUGACGCUGGGACGCCUCAUCGUGUUCCUUGAUGCCGACUUCUACUCGCUGGUACCGAUCCAGAACUUGACAAAAGUGUUUGUGAUCGGCGACGUCAUUUCUUUCCUGGCUCAAUCUGGGGGUGGUGGCAUGUUAUCCCAGGCCAAAUCAGCAGCAGAUCAGAAGAGAGGCCAGAACAUCAUCAUUUUCGGCCUCGCAGUUCAGCUCUACUUCUUCGCAUUCUUCAUCACCGUUCUACAUGUCUUCCACCGCCGCAUCAACAAAAACCCGACCCGGAAAAGCCUGUCUGUCACGACUCCGUGGAAGCGACUCAUCCUCGUUCUCUACGUUGCGAGCGGCUUCAUCAUGGUCCGAUCGAUCUUCCGCAUUGUCGAGUACAUCACAGGAGCGAAUGGGCCGCUUCAAUCGACCGAAAUAUACAUCUACGUCUUUGAUGCUGCAUUGAUGUGUAUUACUACGGCGCUCUUUAAUGUCUUUCAUCCAGGGCGUGUGAUCUUGCCGUCCAAGGGCCCUGAGAUCUUUGACAGCUAUGACGAAUCGACAAGCAUUCCCCUGCAGUCUACCACAGAAAGAAUCCACCAAGUUACCGAAACGCUGCCAUCCCCACCCAUCCAGCAUCAGCGCCGCUCUACUGCGUCAUUGACGCCAGUUCAAUAUCAUCGGCAGAGCCAUGCACAGUCUACGCCCCUUCAGUAUCACCGCCAGUCUCAACGCUCUUUCACCCCGAUGCAGCAACAAACCCAGGCCUAUAGAAGUCUGAAUUCAUCAAUGGGCUCAAUGUCUGACUUGAACAGAAUGACGGGAGGGUAUAAUCCUUAUCCUGGUAAUUAG